GGGAAGAAGCGGGUGGAGGGAGGAGUGGGCGGACGCAUGCGUGCGGGGUCUGUUCGCUGCGGGAGUGGGAGUGGGAGCGGCGCCGGCUGAGGGACAAGUGAGAGGCUUCAACCCGUCCUGCGACUCUUACCAUUUGUACGGCAAUGUUGCUCUUCGGAAGUUUAAGUAUUUGGGUCACCCUUUGGCAUUGUGUGCUCUCUCAGGAGCCAGUAUACAGUUAUGGCUGUGCUGAAGGAAGUUGUUAUCCAGCCACAGGGGAUCUGCUGAUUGGGCGAGCUGAUAAGCUCUCUGCUACCUCCACUUGUGGUUUACAUAAACCCGAGCCCUUCUGUAUUGUCAGCCACCUUCAGGACGAAAAGAAAUGCUUUUCAUGUGAUUCGCGGACUCCUUUUGCCGAAAAUCAGAACAGUCACAGAAUUGAGAAUGUGGUCACGACUUUUGCUCACAACCGACUGAAUACCUGGUGGCAGUCUGAAAAUGGCGUCGAAAAUGUUUCCCUUCAACUGGAUCUGGAGGCUGAGUUUCACUUUACCCACCUCAUUAUGACUUUCAAGACUUUUCGUCCGGCUGCUAUGAUGAUUGAGCGAUCUUCAGAUUUUGGGAAGACUUGGCAGGUGUACAGGUAUUACGCUUAUGACUGUGAGGCCUCCUUCCCAGGUAUUUCAACAGGAUCAUUGAAGAAAGUGGAUGACAUUAUCUGUGAUUCUCGCUACUCUGAUAUUGAACCUUCUACAGAAGGAGAGGUCAUUUAUCGUGUGUUGGAUCCAGCCUUUAAAAUCGAAGAUCCUUACAGCCGAAGAAUACAAAAUAUGUUGAAGAUCACUAACCUGAGGAUAAGGUUCACUAAGCUCCAUACUUUGGGGGACAACUUACUAGACUCACGAAUGGAAAUCAAAGAAAAAUAUUACUAUGCUAUCUAUGACAUGGUGGUUCGAGGCAAUUGUUUCUGUUAUGGACAUGCCAGUGAAUGUGCUCCCGUUCAUGAUUCUGAUGAUCAAGAUGUUGAAGGGAAGGUACAUGGUCGAUGUGUGUGUCGGCACAACACUAAAGGUUUAAACUGUGAGCUGUGUCAAGAUUUCCACCAGGAUGUACCUUGGAAACCUGCUGAAGGACGCAACAGCAAUGCUUGCCGAAAGUGUAACUGCAAUGGACGUGCCAACAAAUGUCACUUUGACAUGGCUGUGUAUUUAGCCUCUGGUAAUGUUACUGGUGGUGUUUGUGAUGGCUGUCGGAAUAAUACAAUGGGACAGCACUGUGAACAAUGCAAACCUUUCUACUAUCAGCAUCCAGAACGAAGUAUUCGUGCCAGUGACAUCUGUGAGCCUUGUAACUGUGACCCAGCUGGGUCACUGAAUGGUGGAAUCUGUGACAGUCACACUGAUCUGGCAGCUAACCUCAUAGCAGGGCAGUGUCGCUGUAAACUAAAUGUUGAAGGGGAGCGCUGUGAUCUGUGCAAAGAGGGCUUCUUCGGACUAAGUGCAGAUGAAGCACUGGGAUGUCAACCAUGUGCUUGUAACCAUUUGGGAACUCAUCCUGGAGGAUCUCCAUGUGACGACGUCACAGGGAAUUGCUUCUGUAAACGUCUGGUGAUGGGCAAGAACUGCGAUCAAUGUCUGCCUCAGCACUGGGGACUGAGCAAUGAUCUGGAUGGGUGUCGCCCUUGUGACUGUGACCUAGGGGGCUCCUACAGUAAUGAUUGUUCAUCCGAGACGGGCCAGUGUCCAUGUAAAGAGCAUAUGGCUGGGCGUCGAUGCAGUGAAGUUGAAUCUGGGUUUUACUUUAUUGCACUGGACCAUUACACAUACGAGGCUGAGGGAGCUCACCUGGGUCCAGGAGUUACUGUAAUACAGCGACGAUAUCCACAGGAUCGAUCUCCAACCUGGACAGGAAUUGGAUUUGGACGUGUUCCUGAGGGAGCAUAUCUAGAAUUCCACAUAAAUGACAUUCCAUAUUCGAUGGAAUAUGACAUAUUGAUUCGCUACGAACCACAGCUGCCAAAAAACUGGGAGGAGGCAAAAAUAACGGUGUUAAGACCUGGUGCGAUUCAUACUGGCAGUCGAUGUGUGAAUACUAUUCCUGAUGAUGACAACCAAGUCUUCUCUUUACCGUCAGGAUCCAGGUAUGUGGUUCUUCCUCGGCCUGUGUGCUUCGAAAAAGGACUAAACUACACCAUCCGGUUAGAAUUAACAAAAUAUUCUUCAGAUGAUGAAAUGGAUACCCCUUAUAUCUUCAUAGAUUCGCUGGUGCUCAUGCCCCACUGCAGGUCAUUGGAUAUAUUUUCUACAGGAGAAUCAGGCGAGAUUGUCACAAACAGCAUGUGGGAUACUUUCCAGCGGUACCGCUGCCUUGAGAACAGUCAGAGUGUUACCAAGACUCCAAUGACUGAUGUCUGCAGAGGCAUUCUGACCAGUAUUUCUUCCAUAAUCCAUGAAGGAGCUCUGUCAUGUAAUUGUGACCCUCAAGGCUCUCUCAGUUCUGUUUGCAAUCCAAAUGGUGGACAGUGUCAAUGCCGUUCCAAUGUAGUCGGCCGAAACUGUGACCGCUGUGCUCCCGCCACAUACGGUUUUGGUCCUAGCGGCUGCAGACCAUGUGAAUGUAAUCUAGAAGGUUCUAUCAAUGAAUUUUGCCAUCAAGCUACCGGCUAUUGUCUGUGCAAAGAUGGAGUCUAUGGCCAACGAUGUGACCAGUGUCAGCCUGGGUUUUGGGGAUUUCCUAGUUGCCGCCCAUGCCAGUGUAAUGGACAUGCAGAUCAUUGUGACUUGGAAACUGGCGAAUGUUUGAACUGCAGAGAUCAUACAAGUGGACAAAACUGUGAGAGCUGCCUGGCAGGUUACUAUGGAGACCCUGUACUUGGCUCAGGUGACCAUUGCCGCCCAUGUCCUUGCCCAGAUGGGCCAAGUAGUGAGCGACAGUUUUCUGCUGGCUGUUAUCAGGAUCUUUAUUCUGGCAAUGUUGUUUGCCUCUGUCAAACUGGAUACACAGGUGCUAGAUGCGAUGAAUGUGCAUCUGGGUUUUAUGGUAACCCUAAUGAGACCAGAGGAUCUUGUCAGGAGUGUCGUUGCAACAACAACAUCGACGUGACUGACCCAGACUCCUGUGACAAGAGCACUGGUGAAUGUCUAAAGUGCCUGUAUCAUACAGAAGGUGAAAGCUGCGACCUCUGCAAGCCUGGCUACUAUGGGAAUGCUGAACUGCAGAACUGCAUAAAGUGUGUCUGUAAUUCCUUGGGGACAGUACAGGCCCAGUGCCCCUCUGUAGACGAAUGCCAUUGUAAUCAAACCACUGGUCAGUGUCCUUGCCUUUCUAAUGUGGUCGGUCUAACAUGUGAUCACUGUGCGCCUAAUACCUGGAAGCUGGCAAGUGGAACUGGUUGUGAACUCUGCAAUUGCAAUGAAGUCCACUCGCGUACAUCAUCCUGUAAUGAGUUUACAGGACAGUGUCAGUGCAUGGCUGGAUUUGGAGGACGAACUUGCAGCAACUGCCAGGAAUUCUUUUGGGGAGAUCCUGAUGUGGAAUGUUUGAAAUGCGAUUGUAAUGAACUUGGCAUCGAGACGCGGCAGUGUAACCGGACAGAUGGGCACUGCGUCUGUCGAGAAGGGAUUACUGGUGAACGGUGUGAUAGAUGUGCCCGAGGAUACUUUGGUACAUUCCCUCACUGUGAACAGUGCCACGCAUGCUUCAGUCUCUGGGAUAAAAAAAUUGAAGAGCUGACCGCUCAAAGCAAACGACUUGUGGAGCAGGCUGAUGCAAUCAAAGCCAAUGGAGUUAUUGGCCCUUACCAAGAAACUGUUAACGCUGUGCAGGACAAGAUUAAUGAGAUACAAUCUCUGCUCGCUGCAAAUCCUGCAACAGAGCCACUUGACAAUAUUGAGCAGCUUUUGGAAGAAGCCAAGAAGAAAGUGAUUCAUCUUGCAGUAAAGGUGAAUGAAAUUGAAUCAGAUCUUGCAACAACAGAAGACCAACAUAAUGUGACUGUCGCAGAACUAAAUGAUCUUCAGAGUGACACUGAGGGCGUAAAAGCUAUCGUGAGUGAACUAGCAGAGCGGUUGGAAUACAUUAAGAACUCUGAUAUCCAUGGAGCCUUGGACAGUGUCCAGAAAUACCACGAACAAUCUGUAGAGGCUGAAAUAAAAGUUAAUGCUUCCACCACUGAUCCUGACAAUAUAUUGCUGCAGUCUUCCACCAUUCGACAAAAAGUGGAUGAAAUGAUCGCACAAAAUGAGGAGCAUUUUGAGGAACAGCAAAAGGAACAUUCAGAAAGUUUGGAAGAAUUGGCUAAUAAAUUGCAGGAUUUAGACCUUUCGCCAUUAGGCGAAAAGAUUUGUGGGAGCCCCGCAGGAAUAUCUUGUGAGGAAGCAAAGUGUGGAGGCCCAAGCUGUCGCACUGAGGAUGGAAAUAGGAAGUGUGGAGGGCCUGGCUGUGAUGGGCUUGUAACUUUGGCUCAUAAUGCAUGGCAGAAUUCUAUGGAUUUUGAUACAGAAAUCCUAAAUGCUUUGGCAGAAGUGGAUCAGCUCUCUAAAAUGGUCACUGAUGCAAAAGUUAAAGCAGAUGAGGCUAAGCUCAAUGCUCAAAAAGUCCUGUUAAAAACAAAUGCCACAAAGGAAAAAGUGGAUAAAAGCAACGAAGAUUUGAGAAAUUUAAUCAAGCAAAUCAGAGAAUUUCUUACACAGGAUGGUGCUGAUCUAGAGAGCAUUGAAGCGGUUGCCAAUGAAGUAUUGAAAUUAGAAAUGCCGACUACUCCUCAGCAGCUUCAGAACCUGACCAAUGACAUUCGUGACCGGGUGGAGAGUCUCUCAGAUGUAGAGGUGAUCCUAAACCAGAGUGCAGCAGAUAUUCAACGAGCAGAAGCACUAUUGGAUGAGGCCAGGAGGUCCAGAAUUCAUGCAACAGAUCUUAAAGUCACAGCUGAUCGUGUAAAGGAGGCCCUACACGAAGCUGAAAGGGCACAAAAUUCAGCAACAAAGGCCAUCAAACAAGCUAAUGAAGACAUCGAGGGAACACAAGAUCUGCUGACCUCAAUUGAAUCUGAGACAUUUGCAUCAGAACAAAGCAUCAACAAUGCUACUCUGCGCUUAGCACAGAUUGAGAAAGAUAUCAGUGACCUAAAGCAAAAGACUGCUGAGAAUUCAAAUGCUGCAGAAAACAUUGGAGAAACAGCAGAGCGGGUUAAACAGGCUGCAACUGAGGCCAAACAGGUUCUUGACACUGUCCUUAAAGAAAAGUACAGUUUUGCAGAAGAGAAUGUUGAGAAAAAAACAUAUGCAGCUUCUGAUGCUCAGCAGAAAGCAAAGAUGCUGCAGAAAGAGGCCGAAUCAUUGCUAACAGAUGCAAGCCGAAAGUUGGAGUUAUUGAAGAAACUGGAAAAAAGCUAUGAAGAAAACCAAAAAGCUUUGGAAGAAAAGGCACAGCAGUUGGUAAAACUGGAAGAAGAUGUACGCACAUUGCUGCAGACAAUCAGUCAGAAAGUUGCCAUCUAUAGUACUUGUUUAUAAUGAAGAUCACUUCACAGGCAGUUAGUUACCUGUCAGUACUCUACUGAUGCUGAAAACAGUCAAUUCCAAGCGUAAUUUUUAAAAUAAAUUGAAUGAAUUAUUAAAUGCA